AGAGGGGGGACUGCUUGAGACGCGACGACGACGACGACGAGGUUGUCAUGGAGCCGCGGGGCCGGGCUCGCGCAUGCGCCGCCGUACCCACGGGUCGUCCGCUUGUGGAGCUGCGACCCCGGUCCUAGGGCAGUCCAGAUGAAAAGAGUACUGAUGUGUCCCCUCGCAGCCCAGUAAAACAUGGAGAGGAAGAACCUGUCCAGAGAGGGCUCUCGAAGGCUGUCAGCCAAACCAAGCAAGGGCUCAGAGAUGAAAAAGGCGUCUCGUCAGCUCGGCCUGGCAGCUGCUGAGUCAGAUAAGGACUCUGGAUUUUCAGAUGGGAGCUCAGAAUGCCUGAGCUCGGCCGAGCAGAUGGAGUCGGAGGACAUGCUGAGCGCCUUAGGCUGGAGCCGAGAGGACAGGCCAAGGCCAAGCUCCAAGCCCGCGAAUGGAGCCUUCCCGACACUGUCCCCCAUGGUGGUCAUGAAGAAUGUGCUGGUCAAACAGGGCAGCAGCUCCUCCCAGCUCCAGUCGUGGACUGUGCAGCCCUCCUUUGAAGUGAUCUCUGCCCAGCCACAGCUCUUAUUCCUUCAUCCGCCUGUCCCGCCUCCUGUCAGCCCGUGUCACGCUGGUGAGAAAAAGUCGGACUCCAGGAACUACUUGCCCAUUCUCAAUUCUUACACCAAAAUAGCCCCUCACCCUGGCAAAAGGGGCCCUUCCCGCAGCGUGGAAGAACGAGGAGACGGCGGCAUGCAGAAGAAGGUCUGUACUGAGAGACUGGGGCCUGGCCUGUCUGCUCGCGAGCCAACCAAGACUGGUGCUGGCCCCCCACAGCCCCUGACCCCCGUGCCCCUUGGCGCCAAGCUUGCCGAGGACUCGGCUCUGCAGGGCGUGCCCUCCCUGGUGGCGGGUGGCAGUCCACAGACUCUGCAGCCAGUAUCCAGCAGCCACGUGGCUAAAGCUCCCAGCCUGACCUUUGCCUCCCCCGCCAGCCCCGUCUGCGCGUCCGACAGUACCCUGCACGGGGUGGAGAGCAGCUCCCCGCUAUCCCCGCCUGCGGCCAGUUACAGCUCCACUCUGUGGGCCGCCGAGCAUUUCUGCCGCAGCCCAGAUAGCUUUCCAGAGCAGCGGCAGAGCAAGCACAGGCGCUUUCAGAAUACCCUGGUAGUCCUGCACAAAUCCGGUUUGCUGGAGAUCACUUUGAAAACCAAGGAGUUGAUUCGUCAGAACCAGGCAACUCAGGUGGAACUCGACCAGCUCAAGGAGCAGACCCGGCUGUUCAUAGAGGCCACUAAGAGCAGGGCUCCUCAGGCCUGGGCCAGGCUGCAGGCGUCUUUAACGUCAGGGUCGGGUCAUUCCGGCAGUGACCUGGAAGCAUUCUCUGAGCAGCCAGACAUGUAACAUCGAAGGCAUAUUUUCCUGUUACUUGAGUGCUGCUUUUUAACUCUUAUACUGUUACCUACUCCUGUUUCCCAAAGCUUACAUAAGAUCUUUUCCUUUUAAACUCAGACUGUUCGUUGGUUCACUUACGAAGCCACAUGCCAGGACCUGGCUGCUGUCUUAACCUGUGGCCUAUGCACAGUUUACCUGUGUCUCUGUUCCAGCAAGGACCUCAGGUUUGGGUGCCCUUGAGCCCCUCUUCCUCAGCCCGCAGGCAGUUUGAUGGCUCAUGGGGCAGAGUGUGAGAGGUGAUCGUGUGGGCCCCUGCUGGCUGUCACCCCCCGCCACCCCACUCACCAGCCGUGAUCGAGGGUGCAGUGAUGCAGAUGAGUGCACAGAGCAGCACCCAUCGAGUCAGGGAGCAGGUGACAUAGGAGCCCUUCAUGGUUCUUCCCCUGAAGGCCUCAGUCACAGACGAAAAUGUAAGAGGAGGGCGCUUGCCUUCCACAAGGCCCUGUGCCCUUUGGCAGAAACCUGAAAUGCUUUGGCACAGAUUGCUCUUCGGAUGCAAGCACUUAAUCACUUAAAGCUUUGUUUUUUUAAACUUGAAAGUCAAAGAGAAAGAGUAGCACUGUUAACUCUUACACUUUAAUCAUAAGCCAGAUUUUUCUUAAACUGGUAGGCGAAAUACUUCAGAUUUGUAAAGUAUAGAAUGGAUUUAGGACCAUCUGGAGCUACAGUUGAUGAAUUGCAUUUUUGACUCAUAGAGUCUAAAGAAAGGAGAAACGGCUAGCGUCUCUUGGUUAGGAGCUGGAAGAUUCUAGUAAUUUAUGCCUUUUUCUCCUCUCUUCUUUUGAAACAAUGCAACCUGUUUUAUAUGUGAAAAUCUUAAAGACAGCUUCAUGGUCUCCAGUUGUGUAAUCCAAGUCAGCCCUGUGCGACCACUUUUUUUCCCUUCUUGUUUUUACAAAAGAAGAAAGAAAAUAUUAUUAAGCUUGAUUAACUUUGAAUUAAAAUCAUUGCAAGGUUAUGACAUAAAAGUCUACAAAAAAUUGGAAAACAUUCUUGUUAUCCGUUUUCUUUCCACAUCCAGAGUUCUCAUUUGUCUGAUGUCACAGUGAUGUGGAGCAGUCUUCCAUGUUUCUUUUAUGCAUUGGAUUUUGGCAGUAAAGCCAAAAAGGUAUAGUGGGUUCUGUGAAGUCCAUCUAGAAACAGAGAGUAUUAUGAGGACUUGCAGGUGUUACACACUUUUUCAGCUUCAUUGUAAACCAGAUUUCUAGGUUGUAAAGUUGCCAAUUUCUUAUGCUCCCAUUUAAAAAUUUUCAUUCUCUUGAAAAUCUUAAGAAAUCCUGUAUGACCAACUUCAUUUUUUCUGCAAGGAAAGUGGUCUUGAAGUUCUUCCAAGGCUAGAAGCUCUUCAUAUAAUUUUAAAAUUACAAGGCUUCGAAUUGCCUGCAUUUUGUUCUCAAAUGCAGUUUAGAAAUAAACAACCCGGUAAACUCCCUUAGACUCUCCUGAUCAAUGCAGAAUAAUUACCUGCCUUGUGCUUUCCGGAAGAGUUUCAGAAAUCGGAGCAAAUAGGUCUUUAAGCAGGUUCAGCUGCUUUUAAUAUUUUUUCUCUUGGCCCACUCCUUUGCCUCUCCUCCAUCUGUGUGGUGCUACUGCAGCUCCACUCUGCACACCAUGCUAGGAAGCUUCCUUUUUGGCAGAAUAUGUUUGGCAGCAAAGCCAUAGAAACAGGUGCAUUCAGAACAGCCUGGGCACCAGGCAUGAGUCUUACUGAGUCAAAAAUCUGAACACACUUGCUGAGAACCAAAUUUACGCCAUCGGAAAACUCCCCUGUGGAGCCGUACGCAUCUUGGGCUCUUCUUCCUAGAUGAAGGUUUGCACUUCCCUCCUGUCAAGCAAAAGACACCGAAAGCCAUCACCAGUGCUCGUUGCUGAGUGGCAGGGAGAAGCAGCGCCCACCCUGGCUCCUCUCAGGUCUUGUAACUUGGUGUGGUGAGUCCCUCUAGGCUGUUGGCAUGGGUGUUCUUUCCCUAGUGGAGGAAUAAGCAGAUGAAGCCAGGUAGAGAAGCUGGUCCACCAGAGAGACAUCCACUGAGGCUAGCAGACGUGUGGGGCCAGAAGCCAGAUCGACAAGUGGAGGAACCUCGGAGUUAACCGGAAGGACCUGCGUUGGUUUCUCACGGCUGUAAGUAGUCACGGUCUUCUGAUACGUGACCUGAUCUCUUCUGCAGUUCUGUGACAAAGCUGUUGUUUUCUGAAAGCUGUUCUUAACUUACAUCAACCCUUAAGUUUUGGCAAGAUGGUGUUGGCAGUGUUGAAACACAUCUAGAAAAAGCUGCUGAUUCAAUUUGUUAUGGGAAUGGAGUUCGGUGACAUUUGUAAUUUAUUACACUCUCCUUGCUUUUAUUGAUUAUGGUAUUGUCUGACUUUGAUUCUUUUGGCAGAACAGUAACUCGUGCAUAUAUUGAAGUGUCUUUCCAGCUAUGAAUUCUUUACAGUAGAGGUUUCUUUACCAAAUGUGAAUUCUUUUGAGGAAGUAUGAAGUUUUGGAGAAAUUGACUGUGAAACGUCAGAGAAAAAUAAAAGUCACUUACUUGA